AUGGCAGAUAAAACCGACUUCGCCGCUACCGCAUAUCGCGCUCCAGCCAAGGAUGCGGAUACAAACAGUUUGCGGUCGGGAAGUAGGACAAAUCGCAGCGACAAUGAGUCCGGGGUUCAAGAUCCAUUUGUCGAGCCGUUGAAGCGGCAGCUCAAGUCGAGACAUCUACAGAUGAUUGCAAUUGGAGGAAUCAUCGGUCCUGGCCUGCUGGUCAGUUCAGGAAAUGCCCUCCACGAAGGAGGUCCAGCAGGAGCUCUGAUCAGUUUCUCGCUCGUUGGGCUUAUCGUAUUUUUCGUGAUGCAAUCGUUGGGUGAAAUGGCGACAGUUAUUCCAGUCACGGGGUCUUUUACAGAAUAUGCGGAGCGCUUUAUCGAUGACUCUAUUGCGUUUGCGCUGGGUUGGGCAUAUUGGUAUCUUUGGGUUACGGUCCUCGCAAACGAGUACAACUCAAUCUCUCUCGUUAUUGGAUACUGGACAGAAGCAGUACCGCAAUGGGGAUGGAUUCUCAUCUUUUGGUUCCUCUUCCUCGGUCUGUCCAAUUUGGGCAUUCUAGCUUAUGGCGAGAUGGAAUUUUGGCUGUCCUUAAUCAAAGUUAUCGCCCUGAUAGUGUUCUUCAUUCUUGCUAUCUGCAUCAGUUCUGGAGGCAUUGGGCCACAGAAGAUCGGUUUCAAGUAUUGGCAUGACCCUGGAGCAUUUGCGGAUUCCAUCAAUGGAGUGGCGAAGACGUUUGUCGUUGCUGGAACUUUGUAUGCCGGCACGGAGAUGGUUGGAAUCACGGCUGGAGAGUCGAAGAAUCCCGAACAGGCCGUUCCUAGGGCUAUCAAACAGGUCUUUUGGCGCAUUUUGAUCUUCUAUAUUGGAACAAUCUUCUUCAUUGGUAUUCUGAUUCCAUAUAAUGACCAUCGAUUGCUCGGAUCUACCUCGAAAACAGCCAGCUCCCCUCUAACCAUCGCCCUGCAAGACGCGGGAAUUCUGCCCGCGGCACAUCUCAUCAAUGCUCUGAUCGUUAUCAGCGUCAUAUCCGCAGGAAACAGCUCCCUAUAUGUGGCGUCUCGAACACUCCUGUUCAUGUCACGCAACGGCAAAGCUCCAAAAUUCAUCGGGCGCGCCAACCGCGCGGGCGUGCCUUGGGUCGGUCUCAUUUUCACAAACAUCUUCGCUUGCAUCGUCUUCCUGGGACAGUCAUCCAGCGCUGGGAGGGUGUAUUCUGCUUUGAUUACGUUGUCUGGAGUGGCUACAUUUAUCGUUUGGGCCGUCAUUGGCGUCUGCCACAUUCGGUUCCGUCGUGCCCUAGUUGCGCAGGGAGAAGACCCAGCUGGGUUGCCCUUCCAGGCUGCGCUAUAUCCCUAUGGCACUUAUUUCUCACUAGCAGCGAAUGUCUUCCUGAUCUUCUUCCAGGGGUAUACAUGCUUCUUGAACCCGUUCAGCUCGACUGAUUUCGUGAUCAACUAUAUCCUGCUUCCCGUGUUUGUGCUAUUCGUCGCUGUAUACAAGGCCUGGAACAAGACUCGCUGGGUCAAAUUGGAGGACAUGGAUAUUUGGACUGGCAGGAGAGAAUUCGCUGAACAAGAGUCGCAGCCACAAAAACCUCGGCAAUGGUGGUCUCGCAUUAGUGAUAUUGUUGUGGGGUAG